UCUUUCUUCUUCGUCUUCCUCACAGCCUCACACUCUCUCUCUAGCAACAAUCAAGAAGAAGAAGCAAAACAUAGUUAACAGAGAGAGAAGAAACAUCAUUUACUACAAUGCAAUCACUUCCAUCUGUUGCUUCUUCUUCUUCUUCUCUUCGAACUUCUCCUCUUGACUCAUUUCUCAAUAGGUCUCCACAACUAUGUGCCAAUGUCAGGCCAAAACCCAUCAACAAAAAAUUCAAAAUUUCUGCUUCUACCAUCUCUGCGCCCCAGCGAGAGAAGGAUCCAAAGAAACGUGUGGUGAUUACGGGUAUGGGUCUGGUAUCAGUCUUUGGGAAUGACGUCGACACCUAUUACGAGAGGCUUCUAGCAGGAGAGAGCGGAAUCGAUCUGAUUGAUCGGUUCGAUGCUUCUAAGUUCCCAACUCGAUUCGGCGGGCAGAUCCGGGGAUUCUCUGCUCAAGGGUACAUUGAUGGGAAGAAUGAUAGACGGUUGGAUGAUAGUCUCCGUUACUGCAUUGUUGCUGGCAAGAAGGCGCUUGAAGAUGCCGAUCUUGGCGGAGAAAAGCUAGGAAAGAUUGAUAAGGAGCGAGCUGGUAUACUUGUUGGGACGGGAAUGGGAGGUCUUACGGUCUUUUCUGAUGGUGUUCAAGCUCUUAUAGAGAGGGGUCAUAGGAAAAUAACUCCAUUUUUCAUUCCUUAUGCUAUAACUAAUAUGGGAUCUGCUUUGCUAGCAAUUGACAUUGGUUUUAUGGGACCAAAUUACUCAAUAUCUACUGCAUGUGCUACUUCAAACUAUUGCUUUUACGCUGCUGCAAAUCACAUCCGGAGGGGAGAGGCAGAUCUCAUGAUUGCUGGUGGAACCGAAGCUGCUAUUAUCCCCAUCGGUCUUGGAGGUUUUGUUGCUUGUAGGGCUCUUUCUCAAAGAAAUGAUGAUCCCAAAACUGCUUCUAGGCCAUGGGACAUCAAUCGAGAUGGUUUUGUCAUGGGAGAAGGUUCCGGGGUCUUGGUUAUGGAAAGUUUGGAGCAUGCAAUGAAACGAGGUGCACCAAUAAUUGCGGAAUAUCUUGGUGGAGCUGUUAAUUGCGAUGCUCAUCAUAUGACUGAUCCUAGAGCAGAUGGUCUUGGUGUUUCUUCAUGCAUCAUCAGCUGUCUCGAGAAUUCUGGUGUCUCACCCGAGGAGGUCAACUACAUUAAUGCACAUGCAACCUCAACUCCGGCUGGUGAUGUAGCUGAAGUGAAUGCUGUCAAAAAGGUCUUCAAGAACACAUCGGAGAUCAAGAUGAAUUCCACCAAGUCCAUGAUUGGACACUGUCUUGGUGCAGCAGGAGGUUUGGAAGCUAUUGCUUCAGUUAAGGCUAUUACUACAGGAUGGCUGCAUCCCACCAUUAAUCAAUUUAACCUGGAGCCUUCUGUUGAGUUCGACACAGUGGCAAACCAUAAGAAACAACAUGAAGUGAAUGUCGCAAUUUCAAAUUCUUUCGGAUUUGGUGGACACAACUCUGUGGUGGCGUUCUCUGCGUUCAAACCCUAGACGUGUUUUCUUAAUCUACAGAAACCGAAUUAAGUGAUAACAUGGUUCAGGUUUUUUGUUGUUAUUUUAACUUUUUUCUUGUAAGUUUCUGUUGUUUUUUCUUUACGAGAUUUUGUGUUCGCAAAUGAGUCUCGAGAACCAUUUUCAUCAAACCUUUGGCUAUUUUCUAUGUAGUUGGUCUAUCUUAAUAAUGUGAAAACUAUUAGCAUGA